GUCCACCAAAAACGUCUUUUCUUGUUCAAAACCAAAACGCACACUCACUCCAUAAUCGCCAAUGUUAUCAUCGACAAAAUUGUCCUUAUCUUCAACAAUACCCAUUCCCUUAACUAUUCCCAAUUCACCAUAUUCAUUCCUCUAAUCCCACCCCUUCUCAUCGAUCCCAUCUAAGAAGCAAAACAACAAAAACAAGAACAUGAAAGACUCACUUCAUUUCCAUCAUCUUCCUUAAAAAUAUCACAUAAAACUCCUAUCACACUGUACUAAACCAACAAAACCAAAACCACCUCAAAUCUAACCCUCUUCCUUAAAACUUUCCAAUUCCACUGUCUAAAACCAACAAAACCAAAAACAUCUUCCAAUGUUGUCGUCACCAAUGCUUGUCUCCUUCGCUCUCAUCCUAUCUCUCCCUCUUGUCCUCUACCUCUCCCCACAAAUCCUUCCCACAACCUACUUCCCCUUCUCCCCCGACGCCGACGACCUCUCCCUCUUCCGCCGCGCCACCGCCGCACCCUCCUCCUCCUCCUCCGCCGCCCACACAACCUCCCACUUAGCCACCACCACAAACCCCAAACCAAAAAUCGCCUUCCUCUUCCUCACCAACUCCAACCUCUCCUUCGCCCCUCUCUGGGAAAAAUUCUUCGCCGGAAACCAUCACCUCUUCAACAUCUACGUCCAUGCCGACCCCUCCGCCGCCGUCACCUCCCCCGGCGGCGUCUUCCACCGCCGCUUCAUCUCCUCAAAGAAAACCCACCGCGCCUCCCCAACGCUCAUAGCCGCAGCACGCCGCCUACUGGCCACAGCCCUCUUGGACGACCCUCUCAACCAGUAUUUUGCUGUCGUCUCCCAACAUUGCAUUCCGCUUUCGUCGUUUCGAUUCGCUUAUAACUACCUCUUUAAGAACCCGCUGAUCUCGCUGGCGAGUUUUGCGGGUUCUGAAUACAAUUUUUCCUACCGCAGCUUCAUCGAGAUUCUCUCCGACGAGCCGAAUCUCUUUGAAAGAUAUUCGGCUCGUGGAGCCAACACGAUGCUGCCGGAGGUGCCGUUCGAUGCCUUCCGGGUCGGGUCUCAAUUCUUCAUCCUGACCCGGCGGCAUGCAAAGCUUGUGGUCCGGGAUCAGAGACUGUGGAAGAAGUUCAAGCUUCCUUGCAUCACUGAGGAGCCGUGUUACCCGGAAGAGCACUACUUUCCGACGCUUCUGUCGAUGGAGGAUCCGAACGGGUGCACCGGAUUCACACUAACGAGAGUGAAUUGGACUGGUUGCUGGGACGGGCACCCUCACUUGUAUAACCCGCCGGAGGUGUCACCGGAGCUCAUUCGACAGCUGAGAGAGUCGAAUUCGACCUACUCUUAUCUCUUCGCGAGGAAAUUCUCGCCGGAAUGUCUUGCGCCGCUGAUGGAGAUUGCUAAUGACGUCAUUUUCCGGGAGUGAAGUCAGCUCGGGUAUCUUUGAUGGUGCUGAGAAGAGAAAACGUUGUCUUGAUGUACAAUGCCAAUGUGUGUAUAGAAAAUAUGAUUUCUUUAAUUGUAAAUCUUCUUGUAUGUGAACGGACUAGGGGCUUAGAGUGAACUGCAAAAGGCAAAGAUGGUCUCCAAAGGAUGCCACAAUGUCAAAAAUUGAGAAUUGUAUUUUGAAAAAUCUCAUGUAAAAAUUCCACCAUAAAAGGGGUGCAAGUUUGUAAGAUGGAUAUAUAGAUUACGUAUGUUAUGCUAGCCAAAUCUUGUGUACAACACACAAAGAAAACAAGCAAUAGUCAAAGUUUACUUUUUUGUUAGUUCUUUUCACCUUCCCCACCCCAGCAUCAAUGUAAUU